GAAAAGUUAAGUCGUGUGAUUAGAUUUUCUCUACAAAUAUAAUUUGGAGCAACAUAACAAAGGCAGAUAAAUUCUUUGUUAUUAUUGUUGUUGAAUACACUCAAAUAUUUAUUCCAUAAUUUGUAUCGAGAGAUUCAUACUUUAACUGAGAAAUUAAAAAUCUUACAGAAGUAUUUGAUUUGUAUAAAAUUACAAAAAAUAAAAUAAAAAUUCAAUUUUCGGAAGAGUAAAUAUAGAAAAGAGCAAUUUAGAAGACAUUUUCCAUAUAUUAAUGAAGCGUAAUUGAUUUUGCUGGCGAUUAAAAUCAUUUAUAUAAAUGUGAUUAGUGAAAAGAGAGUUUAUUUUGAAGAGCAAGAGGGCAAAUUGUUAUAAAGAUUAAAUAAACGCAUUCAGUCAACGUGAACAUCAACAAACUGAAUUGAUAGAGUGAACGGUCUAAUUGAUUUAAUAAUAAUCAGCUUAAACAGUUCACGCAAUUUUUUUUUUGUCGUCUGACCCUUAUACGCUUCUAUGUGGCAUAUGUGAUUGGCUUAGAAAGUGUUGACUUAAUUUAAAAACAAAGACGAUUCAACUGCAUUCCAGAGCCUGUUUCUUUUUUGUCUAUCGACACCGUUAACGAAUUCGAAAUCUUUCGCCAUAUCAUACUAUUAUCAUCAUUUUGCCAACAUGGCGGACAGUAUAGUUGAACCGAGUAGCUCUGCAUCGGUGUCAUCUAUAUCGCCGUUAUUGCAAAAUCAACAGCAGGCCGUCAAUCUGAAUGUGCUUUCCAAUUCAAAUAUCAUUCCGAUAAUAUCGGCCGAUAUUCAAGUGGACACGGCUUCUUCGCAAUCAAAUCCGAGACCGCCUCCAAUCAAUCAAUCGGCCACCAAUAAUAAUAAUCUGAACAAUGAUUCAGCUGGAAAUGAUGAGCCAGAAGCCAAACGAAAAAAAACUGAAUCAACGCCAUUACCAAGUACAUCACAAACAAGUGAAAAGCUUGAAUCAAGAUUGGGUGGGAUUCUUUGCUGUGCUGUUUGUUUGGAUUUACCUAAAACGGCAAUGUAUCAGUGUCAGAUGGGUCAUUUGAUGUGCGCUGCAUGCUUUACACACUUAUUGGCCGAUGGAAGAUUACGGGAUCAAGUUGCAACUUGUCCAAACUGUCGUGUCGAGAUCUCUAAAUCAAGUGCAUCACGCAAUUUAGCCGUUGAAAAGGCAGUAAGCGAGUUACCCAGCGAAUGUCAGUAUUGCGGAAAGGAAUAUCCAAGCAAAUCUCUUGAGCAUCAUGAAAAAGCUGAUUGCGAAUUACGUCCAACUGAUUGCAAAUACCAACGUAUUGGUUGUAAAUGGCAAGGCCCAAUCCAUGAUGCAUCGACGCACGAAAAAUCUUGUUUGCAUCCGAAAAAAACCGGAGCCGAAGUAAUGUUGGCAUUACAAGAGAAUGAUGCUAAAUUAAAUGAAGAACGUAAACUGUUUUCCACCUUGAUUGAACUUCUGAGCUACGAGAAAAUCAUAUUCAAUGAUUUACAAAUGAAGCCGUAUCGCACCGAUGAAUAUGUGCAUAAAUUGUUCUAUGAAACAUCCCGGUUCACAGCAUUUAAUCAUCAGUGGGUGGUGAAAGCACGCAUUAAUGAUUCACAGCGUGAUCCCCACACAAAUCACGAGCGAAAAAUCACUUACCAAUUGAUAUUGAAGACAAAAACUUCCACUCCGCUCUCAAUUCACUUUUUUGCUUUAAAGGGGCCAUUUUAUGACAUGAAAUUGAAUACGCAAAUUUACAAGCAUGAUUUCACCGAUUCAGAAUAUGAAAGUCCAUAUUUUCUGUUGCCGUUGCCUGAUAGCUCUGAAUGCAAUCGCCUCUUAGCCAGCAAAGCCAUUAAUUUCCGUUUGAUUAUGUUUUUACUGUCAAAGUAAGUAGCCGUCGGCGUACAUGCCGACGGCGAAAACGUCUAAGAAGGAACACUUCUUAGCAAAAGCAUAACAAUCGAUUGUUUUGAAAAAAGUUCAAAUCCACUAAAAUAUGAUGACGUAUAUGUCUUAAAAGUGCUGGCAUUGAUUUCAAUUUAAAAUACCAACAAAAGAAAAUUUAGAUAAGAGAAAUGGUAUGAUUUUUUAAAGAAACGAAACAAAAUUCGAUCGUAGUUUUUAAUUCAAAUUUAUUGUUUUUUUCUCUCUGUAAAACGUUAAUUUAAAGCUUACCAACACCGUGGAAAGUAAAAUCACCACGUUUUAUUAAGUUUCCAAUAAACAAAGAAUUAACUUGCAUAGAUCAAUAGAUGAACAAAAGUAAACAAAUUUAAAUAUCAUUUAACGUACUUUAUUACAAUUUCUAAUAUAUAAACUACACUUACACUUAUGCAAGAAGUUUGUGCAACGUAAACAUUUCAAUAUACGGCUUCGGGUUAUAACAUUACAUGAAAAAAAGAAGAUUCAUUCAGACAUAUUUGAGUAAUAAGUUCGUAAUCAUCUAUUGAUUUGAUUGACAGUGUUUUACAGUACGCUUCGAAAGAGAGCUAGACUCCAUUGAGCGAUUUAAAAUGAAUAUUAUAAUCAAUGCGUUUUAGUUUGUAAUGCAUAAAUAGAAUGCGAAAGAAAUGGUUCAGAUUCAUAAUGCUAAGACGUGCAGUAGAGUUAUAAUCCGCUGUAAAUAAAUUGUGUGCGAUAUUUUUUCAUAUUUUUUUUCUCUCGUUAUUAUUAAAUCGGUUUUUCACAUAAGCUUUCCUCCUCUGUUCAUUAGAGAUAAGCGCAAGAUGUAACACUUUGUUCUUUUCACUUAGUCAUAAGUAAUAUUGCGAUGGUAUGUUAACGAACGCAGCUUCAACAUUUCUAACGAAAAUUGAAAUGCGUUGAUAGAUUUUAGUGCGAAUAAAACUGAAUUCAGCUGUAACUUAUUUUC